AUGGUUCGCCACGGCGCCUGGGGAAGGAGCUUACUGUGCGUCCUGGCGGUGUGUCUGGGCUUCGUGUCAUCGCCAUGUAAAGCUCGGAUUUACACCAACCACUGGGCUGUGAGGAUAGCAGGGGGAGAAGAGAUGGCCCACUGGAUAGCAGAAAAGUACGGCUACAGGAACAUGGGCCAGCCCACCAGAGCAAAGCCACAACAGGUGUCACAAUCUUAG